GCGAACUCCGUGAUCGCUGUGUCCUACGGACACAGCUGAUCACGUGAUGUGGUAAAAGGCCAAUCACAGCGGCCUUUUACCACGUGAUCAGCGGUGUCCAAUGACACGCUGAUCAGAGGGAAAUGCAAGUGCCGGUUCUCGGCUGCACUUUCCUCACACUGUGCCCAGCAGUGCCACCCGCAAGUUCCGCCCACCUGUGCCCAGCAGUGCGCCCACUAGCUCCGCCCACCUGUGCCCAGCAGAUCACCCACCUGUACCCAGCAGUGCACCCACCUGUGCCCAGCAGUGCACCCACCUGUGCC